AUGUUCACUUUGAAGGUCGCCAUUCUGCCAUUAGUCGUAGCUCUGCGUAGUCCGAACAAAGCAUGUGCCGAUCUUUGCAGAGUAACACCGGGGUGCGUCGACANNNNUCAUGGUGAUCGCAACUCCAGAGUUAGACACGUUGGAGAUAUGGGUAACAUCAUAGCCGAUGGAAAUGGCAGAGCUAGAGGCUCCUUCUACCACGAUCUGAUUGUGCUCAGUGGUCCAACAUCAUCUCUCAAUCGUGCAGUCGUUCUCCACGCUAACCGGGACGAUCUGGGCCAGGGUGGUGACGCCUCCUCGAAGGCAACCGGUAACUCCGGCGCUCGUCUGGUCUGCGGGAAGAUCGCCCUCGAUUAG